UGAGCACAGUGUUUUCCUGUGCUUCUCUCCUUUUCUUUUCAGACAAGCAAAAUUGUUCUAUGCUGCCGUAGAUAUGAACUCCUUGCUGCACUGCCUCUGCCUCUUCUUUUCCAGAAACUGAAGGGCCUGAAUUACCAGCUGCGGAGAUCUAAAAGCUCUUGCUGAAUCUGGAUGGAAUAUGGACAAGGAGAUGAAUAGCAGAAGGGAAGAAAGAGUCAAGUUGGUUAUUUUUCUGGCACAUGGAUGCAAUUACACUCUGUGCAUUCCAGAGGCGUUCCUUUGAAUCCUGUGCAGGUCUGCCUGCUGUUCCUGGGAGAAAGGAAGAAAAAGGGAGGAAAAGUUCUCUUGCUUGGAGACGGAAUGUCUGCACUUUCAAUUCUCUUUUUAGCUUCCUGUUCUGUUUGGCUGUCCGAGGCUCAGACUGAAUUUAAGAGAGUGGCUGAAGAAAACGUGACUUUGCCGUGUCACCACCGCCUGGGCCUCCUGGAGCAAGGGAGCCUGGAUAUUGAGUGGCUGCUGCACAUUUCCGAAACAGUACAAAAAGCGGUGAUCACUUAUUCUGGAGGCCAUGUUUAUGAUGACCUGAAUGAGGAACAGAAAGGGCGUGUUUCCUUCACAUCCAACUUCCUUGCUGGAGAUGCAUCCUUACAAAUCAUAUCCCUGCAGUCCAGCGAUGCGGGGAAGUACAUAUGUAAGGUUAAAAAUGCUGGGCAGUAUGAAUGGGCUCACAUCACCCUGAAGGUUGUAGAAAAACCUUCCAAGCCCAAAUGCUGGCUGGAAGGGGAGCUGUUGGAAGGAAAGGAACUGUCCUUGCAGUGCCGUUCUGCCUCUGGCACUGCACCCAUAUCCUACCGAUGGCAGCGCAUAAAUGAGGAAGACAAGAGAGCUGAACAUCUCCCGCCUACAUCAAGAGUCAACAUUUCUAAUCCCGGGCAAGUCCUACUGAAGAAUCUUACACAGAUGAGCACAGGGUUAUACCAAUGCAUUGCCACCAAUGAGGCUGGACAAGAAAGCUGUGUUGUUCAGGUGACAGUGCAGCACGCACAAAAUAUCGGCAUGAUUGCUGGAGCAGUUUGUGGCGUGGUGGUGGGACUCUCCCUCCUUUUCCUGGUGGUGAGGCUGACAAUGAGGAGGAAAGAAAAGAAGAGAUAUGAGGAAGAGGAGGCACCAAAUGAAAUCAAAGAAGAUGCAGAGGCACCCAAGGCCCAUCUCGUCAAGCCCAGUUCCUCUUCCUCUGGUUCCAGGAGCUCGCGCUCAGGUUCCUCCUCAACCAGGUCAACAGCCAACAGUGCCUCUCGCAGCCAACGGACUUUGUCAACGGAAGCUACUCCCCAUCUAACUCCUCCCCAGUACAGCCAGAGGGAGACAGAAGGAAAAGAAAUUGAGCCAAAGAAAGUCGACUACACUAACCUAAUGAAAAUGGGAGCAACGCUGGUCAUGGUGCCUGCCCAAAGCCGAGCGUUCCAGACUGUGUGA